AUGAGGUACCACAUUGUAUACGCACUUGCUGCUGUCGUGCCGCUCUGUGCGGCGGCGGCCGAUAUCUACGUCUCCCCGUCUGGGUCAGAUACCGCUGCGGGAACACUCGACGCACCGCUUCUGUCGAUCCAGUCGGCUGUUGAUAAAGCGACGGCUGGUUCGACUAUUUAUCUUCGAGAGGGAACUUAUUCGCCGACGACGAAUAUUCAGAUCACGAAGAGUGGAACGGCGUCUGCGCCUUAUGUUCUUCGGGCUUAUGAGGGGGAGAAGGUCACGAUUGACGGGGAGGAACUUCCGGGAACUCCGGCGGAGUUGGAUGGAUCGCUUCCCAAUGAUGACCGUGGAAUUCUCCACAUUCAAGAUGCCGAGUACUGGGAGUUCUAUGAUCUUGAAUUGAUCAAUGGACCGUAUGGGGUUUAUGCGCGUGAUUCUUCUAACAAUCACUACGAGCGGAUUAUUACGAGGGAGAACUAUGAAACGGGCUUCCAGCUCGAAGGCGCAUCGUCUAAUAACAGCGUCUACUACCUCGACUCGUACCUCAAUCGGGACCCGCGCAAGAAUGGGGAGAGUGCCGACGGGUUUGCCUGCAAGGAGGGCUCUGGUGAGGGUAACGUGCUUCGAGGCGCGAGAUUGUGGAACAAUGUCGAUGACGGAUUGGACCUCUGGGAGUUCAAGUCGGCCGUGACGAUUGAGGAUACCAUUUCGUACGGCAACGGAUAUAACAGAUGGGAUUUCUCUCCAUUCGAAGGCGACGGCAAUGGUUACAAACUUGGUGGCGGCGACGAUGCUGACAAGGGGCCCGCCAACCACGUUAUCACCAACUGUAUCGCGUUCGGAAAUUCCAAGGACGGCUUCACCGACAACUCUCAACCGGGUGACUUCACCCUGACCCGGAACACGGCCUGGAACAAUGCCAAGGUGGGCUUCAAGUUCGGCACGGCAGUGUCUACCUUGAGCAAGAAUAUCGCGGCUGCGAAUGGGGAGAGCCCGACUUCUUUGAGCGACGAGCAGGUGUCCACAGGCAACUCAUGGGAUGGUAGCGACACCUGGGACAACAGUAGCUUUGUCUCUGUUGAUGCAACCUUGGUGCAAGGAGCGCGCAAGGCAGAUGGAACGAUUGAUCCUAGCGACUUCUUGUUGCCGAGCUCUGGGGAGGACAUUGGUGCUACGACGAGUUGGUAG